AUGUGCAAGUACAUUUACCAUCAUUACCCUACCUGUGGCCAUAUCUCUUCCUUUACUCUGGACGCGUGCAUUGAAGUGACCAAUUGUCUCCGCAGUGGUACUCCCCCCUCUGGGCAUGAUGUCCGCUCAACCCAUGAUCUCUUAUCUGCGACGCAUAUCCCCUACUGUAUCCAGUGCGAAGCGGAGUGGGUACAUAACCUGACCCCUCGGAGCAACAGCCACAGCAGCGAGAGCGGCAUUUUCGAUCCCCUGCCCUAUAUUUCCCUCGAGGGACUUGAGGCCACCGAGCCAAUCAUUACGGCCGAAGUCACCAUGACCCUCCCGGGAGAGACAAACGGAGAGAUUUCCCGCCAUGUCCCGGCAGAUGCGGUGAUGGGAGAAAUCCAGCAGGGGGGCCACAGGCACAUAGCCAUUCCUCGACAGGUGAUUGAUACCCUGAGUGAUCGCUACAUUGACAUGGAAAAUUUAGAGACCCAUUCUGCCGCUACCCCCCACCAGGAUGCUACCGGAGAUAGGACUGACAGGGUCAAUUACUGGGUGGAGGGGUUAGGCGAGUACGAAAAACUAGGAGGAUUCCGGGAUUCCGACGGCGAGUGCGACUACGACGAAGAGGAGAUGAGGUCGUUGCCGUCUUCUUCUUCGCCUCGUCCUCUUUCCUCUGCAUCGCCUCAUACCCCGGGUACAAUGUUGCAUGGAACCUGGACCCCUGGACGUACGUUUCUUCAGUCUCCGUCCCCAGAACAAAGUGGACCGCAUGAAUCCGAAACCCUGUCCACGGACGGAGUCACCAAUCAUUCGGAUGCCCACAUUACCAUUAUGCCGAGCGAGCUAGGCGACAACGGGGCGUUUAUGCAUGGUCUGCAGGUGUUGUUUCCGGCGCUUUUUGACCCCAAUGAGAAUGAACUGUGGGAGGAGCGCAUGAUUGAGUAAGGCCGAUCGCUGCCCGUUUGUCUCUCUGCUUUUCUUGUCAUUGUCUCAUGUUUCUUUUAUGCCAACCGCGGAGGUUUCAGAAUGAUUUGCCGCAGCCACGGGAGAACAACUACAGAGAGUGGUGAUAGACCGAGGGGAUAGUCUUGGGGGAUGGAUUUCUUGAGUUCAUGAUGAGUACUGACUGGUGGAAUCGUUACUAUAUGUUGCAAAUCUUAUUGCUAU